AUGCCUCUCGGGAUAAACAACCCGUUGCCUUCGUCUUUGCACAGCGAAUGCAAAAAGGCCGGCAAAAUCCUUACUUCCUUCAUCGAUCCCCGACAAGCCUUUGGACCUGAUAAGGUCAUUCCUCCUGAGAUUCUGGCUGGCGCAAAGGGUCUCGCCAUUCUCACAGUCUUGAAAGCUGGUUUCUUGGGCUCUGCUCGGUUUGGAUCUGGUGUUGUUGUCGCCCGUUUGGCUGAUGGCUCUUGGUCUGCUCCGUCGGCCAUUGCGACCGCAGGUGCUGGGUUCGGAGGACAGAUUGGUUUCGAAUUGACCGACUUUGUGUUCAUUCUGAACGAUGCCGCUGCUGUGCGAACCUUCUCACAGGUCGGAUCCGUCACCCUGGGUGGAAAUGUGUCAAUUGCCGCGGGACCGGUCGGUAGGAACGCAGAAGCAGCAGGCGCAGCAAGCACGAAGGGUGUAGCCGCAGUAUUUUCAUACUCGAAGACCAAGGGUCUUUUUGCUGGUGUCAGUUUGGAAGGUAGUAUGUUGGUGGAGCGCAAGGAUGCUAACGAGAAGCUCUACAACGGCCGUAUCUCCGCACGUCAACUUCUCAGUGGAACUAUCCGACCACCACCAGCCACUGAUCCUCUUUUACGCGUUUUGACUUCCCGGGCCUUUUACGGAAACUCUCGGAUGCAGGGAGACGCAAUGUACAAUGAUAUCCCUGUUUAUGAUGACAGGCACGAUGAUGUGGUCUGGGAAGGCCGACGGGGAGAUGCGUACGGUGAGGGUGUUCGACGAGAACGCAGCGGCAUGAGCAGCAAUGGUAGCCUGGAUGACUACGAGUACCGUGAUCGACCGCGUCGUGCGAACACAUGGGCCGACGACGUUUAUGAUAGAGCCCCGGCCGGGGGACUGGGCCGUUCUUCCACCACCCGGUCUAGUCGCCCUGAUCCCUAUGACACGUACGGCAGCCGUAGUCGGAGCAACACAGCGCCGUUCGAGGAAGACUACGUCUAUUCAGACCGGAAGCCCAGCCGGCCCACGGCACCGAAACCGGUUUUUGGACAGCGGACCGGACAGGCUGCGUCCCUGCGACAGGACCAAGCAGUCGCAUUGUAUACAUUUGACGCAGACCAGGACGGAGACCUGGGAUUCAAGAAGGGAGAAAUCAUCACGAUUCUUAAACGGACAGAAAAGGCAGAAGACUGGUGGACCGGGCGCAUUGGGGGCCGGGUGGGCAUCUUCCCCAGGUAA